AGUUUUCUCGUUUGCGAACCGAUUUCGAUGCGGUUUCGAAACAUUGAUGUGCUUACGUUCGUUUGUGGCGGAUUCCGAAAAACGCGUCGCAUCUGUUGUUAGUGUUGUGGCUUACGAGAUUGGCGGUGUGCGGUGUGCGGGAGAAAAAUGCGUUACGAUUUUGUUGUAACAGUGACAGUUCUCUUGUUUACAACUGCAACUUUGUGUGAGAAACAAGACGAAGACGAUGAAAAAGAUUACCUGUGGAACCAGGCACAGUUGUUGCAAAAAAUGGUCGAAGAUUUUGACAACUUGAAAACGACCCUCGACAAUCAACAACUUGAGGAGGAGGAGGAAAUUUUACCACCACCGAAAAAGGAACCGGAAGUACUGACGGCCGAGCAAAAACACGCACACAAUUUAUUCCUGGAAGCCCAAAAACUACUUAACAGAACCAAGCCAGACAAAAAGGCAGCCUACGAAUUGCUGCAGGAAGCUGCCAAAUUGGAAAACGACGAAGCUUUGAGUUUGCUGGCGUGGUCUGAGUUGUUGGGGGUGCCUCCGAUCAUCAAACCGAACAUAAACGCUUCGAAAACGAUGUUCGAAACGUUGGCGGAGAAAGGUGUGGGAGCGGGUCACGCCGGAUUGGGUUUCAUGCACGCCGUCGGAUUGGGCGUGAACGUCAGCCAAUCGAGGGCGUUGGUCCAUUAUGUGUUUGGGGCGCUGGGCGGCGACACCUGGGCGCACAUGGCUUUGGGAUACAGAUACUGGGCGGGAGUGACGGUGGCGCCCAGCUGCGAAAAGGCGCUCGAACAUUACAGGAAGGUUGCCGACAAAGUGAGCCAAGGAGUUUCCUUCAGUGGUGGUUCAGCAAUUCAAAGGAUCAGAUUACUGGACGAACUAGAAAACGGUUACACCUCCGGAAUUUUGGACAACGACUUGAUCGAAUAUUAUCAAUUGUUGGCCGAAAAAGGAGACGUUCAGGCACAAGUGGGGUUGGGGCAGUUGCAUUAUCAAGGAGGAAGAGGAGUCGACCUGGACUAUCAGAAAGCCUUACAUUAUUUCACGCAAGCUGCGGAAGCAGGAAAUGCCGUUGCAAUGGCUUACUUGGGAAAGAUUUACUUGGAGGGAAGCGACGAAGUUAAACCGGACAACGAUACCGCCUACAAAUAUUUCAAGAAAGCUUCCGACCUGAACAAUCCGGUCGGUCUGAGCGGAUUGGGACUGAUGUAUUUGUACGGAAGGGGCGUCGAAAAGGAUUACACGAAAGCCCAGAAGUACUUCCAUUUGGCCGCGGACCAAGGUUGGGUGGACGGACAGUUGCAGCUGGGAAACAUGUAUUUCAGCGGUUUGGGCGGAAAGCGCGACUACAAACUGGCGAACAAGUACUUUUCGUUGGCGUCACAAUCGGGCCACGUCCUGGCCUACUACAAUCUGGGGCAGAUGCACGCUCAAGGAACGGGAAUGCUGCGGUCGUGUCCCACGGCCGUCGAACUCUUCAAGAACGUGGCCGAGCGAGGGAGAUGGGGAGAGAUGUUGAUGCAGGCGCACCAGGAGUACAGAGAGGGAGAUCGCGACGCGGCCUUCGUGCGCUACGCCCUUCUGGCCGAGCUGGGAUUCGAGGUGGCUCAGUCGAACGCCGCCUUCAUGUUGGACCGAGCCGAAGUGCCCAUGAUGAGCGACCGCAGAGAGGAGGCGUUGGUGCGUGCGCUCACCUACUGGGGAAGGGCGGCCGCCCAGGGAUACUCGGCCGCGCAGGUCAAGCUGGGCGACUACCACUACUACGGACACGGGACGCCCGUCGAUUACGAAACGGCCGCCACUCAUUACCGCGUCGCGUCCGAGCAGCAGCAGAACGCGCAGGCCAUGUUCAAUCUGGCGUACAUGCACGAACGCGGACUGGGCAUGACGAAGGACUGGCACCUGGCCAAGCGCUGUUACGACAUGGCGGCCGAGACGAACGCAGACGCCAAAGUACCGGUGGCCAUGGCACUCUUCAAACUGUCGGUGGUUUACGCGCUCGAAACCUUCGGACAGGGACCGAUCUCUUCGCUCUCCGACCUGACGGAAGUUUUGGGCUCAAACUGGGACUUGUACUUGAUCACCACUCUAACGGCCAUUUUGGCGGGAAUCAUUUACUUUAGAAGACCACAAAUCAACAAUUAAUUAAUUAACCUAACUGAUGCGUUCUUUCAGUUUGCCGUCGUCUUUGUAAAUUUGACUGAUUAUUAAUAUUAUCAUCAUCAUUAUUAUUAUUAUUAAAUAAUUUGUUUGUUAAUUUAUUUUGUACAUAAAUUGUUAUUACUCAAAUGAUGGAAGUAAACCACAAUUGAAGAACAAAAAUCAAUUUUACUUAUCAUCAGUAACAGUUCAACAAUUUGUCUUUGAUCAAAUCAACAACUUGACUGUUUACUACCGAAUCUAUUAAAUUCUUCGUUGCUGUUAAAUAAUCAUCUUCAUCGUUUCCUGCAUCAUCCGCGUUCUCAAUUUUUACGCGUUUUUCGCGUUGUUCCGUUAAAAACAUGGUAAAUUCUUCGUUCGUUAAAACGUUAGGUUUUUUAAUAAAUUCGUAUUUACUUAAAACAGCGUCAACAUCAAAUUCAGCCAUUUCUUCAUUGCUAGUUGAAGGUUGGUACCUUUCACAUUUUUCCUUACAAUAAUUCAUAGUUUGCAAACAGGAUUCGAACGUUAAAUCGUUCACCUGAAAUUCAAUAAAAUUAUUAGAUCUACGAACAAAAAAAUACACGUACAACGUCGUAAUUUACAUAUAAAUUGUUGGGAUUAAUUAUCCGAUGUUUUUGGUCUUCAUUUAAAUUUUGACUUAUAGUUUUCAUUAAAAGUUGUACAAUCGAUUCGUUGAAACGUUCGUUUUCGUCACUUUCCUGAAACAAAAUAAUUUCAUUUCAUUCAUGAUGAAAUGCACGCACAAAUCAGGUGAAUAAAUUACACAUGAGAUCCAAGUGUUGAUGGAAAUCGAGGUUUCCAAAUUUUCUACAUAAUGCCAAGUUUUCUUCGGCACGAACAGAACAUCUCCCGGUUUCAAUAUUAUUCUCGAACAAUUUUUCACUCCUACAACAAACAUCGAAUCGAUUAUUUGAAUGUGUUUAUUAAAAAUCUGAUCAGAUUGAAUCAUCAUCAUCAUCAGUCAUCCAUCACCUUUGAAGCCAGGCUCAUUUAAAUCCGGACUGAAAAAAUUUAAUUUCGAAUAAAUACUGGAUUCUUCGUACGGGAUUCUUGUCGAUUUCAAGUCUUCUUCUUUCGGAAACAAAAUCCACAUUUUCCUUAAAACGAUUGGCUGCGAUUAUUAAUGCGACUGAACAUUGCUAAAUUGAAUGAAUGAAUUUACUUUCCGUAAAUUUGCAAAAUUAAAUUAUAUCCGUAAGAGUCUUGAUGCAAAGAGGUGUGUGAAUUCUUUGAGCCGAACCAAAACGUCGAUUUUUCAUAGUUUAUUUCGGGAAAACCGAAAACUUUCCAAUUUAUGUUGUUCAUUAAAUGAACAUUUUCAUUUAAAUUUUCAUUCAAAUGUUUAUAAUCGUAAUAAAACCAUUUAUCAUCUUCACUAUUUGCCUUUUCCAAAAACUGUUCAAAAGUUAACGUUUCUCUUUUUGUGAUUGUCUCAAAUUGUGGUUUCUUAAAGAUGAAUAAAUAAUAAUAAUUCAACAAACACACAAACAAACAAAUUAAUCAACUUACUCGAGUACAAUAAUUAAAACCGACACGACAAUCUAAAUUUAAAUUUCCAAACACAUUUUUCCAAUCUUUCAGCUUCCAAUUAAUCAAAUCGCAUUUUAUAAAGUUCUCGAACAAUAAAAUUUCAUCGGAAUUUUC